CGCAUCAUUAUUUUAUGGAGCAUUGCAUCGAGCAGCUUAUGGGCGACCGAGCCAUCUCUGCCCAUGCGAGCCAAGAGCUCCAUGGCCAUGGCAGCCGGGCCCCUGCUCAAGCUAGCCCCGGGCCGCCUCAGCCUGUUCCCCGCGCGCCAUGAACCCUCGAAGCCCGCCGCCGCCCCCGCCGGCAUGGACGGCCGAGCCGAGAGCUUCAUGGCCACGGCAGCCGAGCCCUCCUCGAGCUAGCCCAGGGCCGCCUCACCCCUGGCGUCGGCGUGCUGGCCUGCGGGCAGGGCUAGCGAGGAGGCGCAGCUCCCGCGCUGGCUCCUGGACACGGCGACGGCGGCGGGCAGCGCGACGGAGUUCACUGGCGAGUUCGCCAUGGACGACGACGGUCAUCUUCUUCACGCCUGGCGUCGGCGCGUCCGAGCACGCAUACGUGCUCAAGGCUGGUGCAGGGUGGUGCGUCAGGAGAGGAGGAGGCGGCUGGUCUCCUUGGCCCAAGGCGGUGGAAGAAAGGCCUGUCGCCGCAGGCGGCGGAGCUGGGGUCUACCUGUCCUGAGGCUGCGACGCCGGCGAGGACAGGGGCGAGCGCAGCCGUGGGAUCAGAGAGGCCACCGUGUGUGGGCGAGGAGGGUGUCUGGCGGCGUGCUGGCAGGGUGUGGGGAGGGUCCAGAUGGUGAUGCCGUACCAGAGGUCGGCGGCGGCGAUGUCCGACAUAGAAGGGCGAGGUGCGGCAGAGGAGGCGAGGGUUGCGCUGGUGCUGGCGACGACCCAAACCUAGCACGCCUGGUCGAUGGGAGCAGAACGUGCGAGGGACAUGUGGGCUGGCGCGGUUUUGCUGGGCACGCCGAAGAGGAGCAGAAUGCUCGACGAACGGCAGACGACGUAAGAGAGGAGAGGGAACGCUACGUUUCUUUUAGGUAGUAGAGAUACACAUUGAUUACAGCAAAAUAAUAUUUGGCAACGAUGAAAAAAACUAUUCUGUAUUCAGGCUCAGUGUCCAUCUGGUUUUAAGUAAUAUACAAGAUGAACAAGC